CACGGGCGCGCGGGCCGGGCCUGCCCCUCCGAGGCGCCGUAGCGCGGGAGGGAGGUGGCGGCGCUGUGGUCUAUCGGUCGGCGGGUUCGUGGGUCUGCCCGGCCGCCCGGCCCCGCCCUGCCCCCCGGGGCGGCUCGGCUCCAUGGCCCGCGGCGGCGGCGGGAGGCGGCCCGGGGGCCGCGGGGGCCGCUGACCGGGAGGCGGAAGGCGGCGGGGCCGGGCCAUGGGGGACGGAGCCGUUCGCAGCCGCCGGAGCCCGGAAUCCAGCCGGAGCCGGAGCGGCGCCCCCUGCUGAGCCCCGAGCGCCGGGUGAGAGGGGGGCGCGCGCGGCCCCCAGCCCGGGGCCCCGAGAUUCUAGACCCGGCCCCGCGAGGGGUGCCCCGAGCGCGGCCCCGAGAUCCCCGCCCAGGACCCGGCCAGCAGCCGGAUGCCCGGGCCCAUUGGGCGGGCCGGUGGCCGCCUGCGGGAUGAGCAGACUCCUCGGGGGGACGCUGGAGCGCGUCUGCAAGGCCGUGCUCCUACUCUGCCUGCUGCACUUUCUCGUGGCCGUCAUCCUCUACUUUGACGUCUACGCCCAGCACUUGGCCUUCUUCAGCCGCUUCAGUGCGCGAGGCCCCGCCCGUGCCCUCCACCCAGCCGCCAGCAGCAGUACCAACUGCUCUCGGCCCAACGCCACCGCCCCCAGCUCCGGGCUCCCCGAGGCUCCCAGCGCCCGGCCGGGCCCCACGGCUCCUGUCCUGCCACCCUGUCCUGACUCGCCGCCUGGUCUUGUGGGCCGACUGCUGAUUGAGUUCACCUCACCCAUGCCCCUGGAGCGGGUGCAGAGGGAAAACCCAGGCGUGCUCCUGGGCGGCCGCUAUACACCGCCCGACUGCACACCAGCCCAGACGGUGGCGGUCAUCAUCCCCUUCCGACACCGGGAGCACCACCUACGCUACUGGCUCCACUAUCUGCACCCCAUCCUCAGGCGACAGCGGCUGCGCUAUGGCAUCUAUGUCAUCAACCAGCACGGUGAGGACACUUUCAACCGGGCCAAGCUGCUCAACGUGGGUUUCCUAGAGGCACUGAAGGAGGAUGCCACCUACAACUGCUUCAUCUUCAGUGACGUGGACCUGGUGCCCAUGGAUGACCGCAACCUGUACCGCUGUGGCGACCAGCCUCGCCACUUCGCCAUUGCCAUGGACAAGUUCGGCUUUCGGCUGCCCUAUGCUGGCUACUUUGGAGGUGUGUCGGGCCUGAAUAAAUCCCAGUUCCUGAGAAUCAACGGCUUCCCCAACGAGUACUGGGGUUGGGGUGGUGAGGAUGACGACAUCUUCAACCGGAUCUCCCUGGCUGGGAUGAAGAUCUCGCGCCCAGACGUCCGCAUAGGCCGCUACCGCAUGAUCAAGCACGACCGGGACAAGCAUAAUGAGCCCAACCCUCAAAGGUUUACCAAGAUUCAAAACACGAAGCUGACCAUGAAGCGGGAUGGCAUCGGGUCAGUGCGGUACCAGGUCUUGGAGGUGUCUCGGCAACCGCUCUUCACUAAUAUCACAGUGGACAUUGGGCGGCCCCCAUCAUGGCCUCCUCGGGGCUGACACCAAUGGACAAAGGCUACCAGUGCCAAGGAUUGCCUGCCAGAGGACUGACCUACAGCCUGGCUGGUGGCUGCUCUGUGACAGAUCCCCCAGGACAGAGACUGUGGGCUCUGUUUUCUGAGGGUCUUCAGUAGGCCCCCCAGCUGCACCUGGAAGUUUCAGAACCUACUUCGGGGAGCUUCUGUCCUGGGCAGGCCCCUCAAGUGUAGCCCUCUCUGGGGUCAACCCUUCUUCCUGCUCCUCCCUCCCCAGUUCAGCCCCCCUCACUGUCAGGGUUGGGCCAGCCCCUGCACUGCCUCGCCGAGUGGCCUGGGCCAGGUCACUCCACCUCUCUGUGCCUCAGUUUCCCCCCCUUGAGUCCCCUAGGGCCUGGAAGAGUGGGAGGUAUGACUAGGGGGCAAUGUCGCUUCCAGGGGGAAUUCUCAGACCUGGGGAUCCCCCAUGCUCCCAGGGGAGGGGAAACCUUUUUCACUCAACAUUGUAGGGGGCAAACUCUGGUGCACCCCCUGCUGAGGAGCAGCGCCAAGAGGGGACCAGAGGGCGUGCUGUGUCGCUGUCUGGGAUCUUGGGGUUGGGCUUUGCAUGGGGCGGAUGGGGCUCGGAUCCGUUGGGUUCCUGCCCCGCCCCCCUCAGAGAGAAGGCAGAAGCCCCAGGGCCGGCUCGUGUUUGUACAUUGCACAGAAACUUGUGUGGGUGCUUUAGUAAAAAACGUGAAUGGAGCAGCCCCUUUGUCUGUUUGGGGAUGGGGAUCUGGAUCCCUAAACCCAGACCCAGAGUGUGUUACGGGAGGGCCAGGGGGAACCAGGACAGCCCAUCGGUCUGGCCCAGGCUGUCGUGGUUCCCCAGGCCCCUCGAAAUGCAGUGGUUCGCUAGACUUCUGCCGGCUGGAAGGAGAAAUGUUUACCCUGCCGCUGCCUCCCGGCCAGAAGAGACAAAGAAGUAAUAAACCCAUUGGGCUCA